AUGUCGUCCUCAUCAUCUGGACCCCCCGCUGGCACCGCCUCGGACGACGACAACUUUCAACUGACGCAUGUGCUGCGCGCUCACACUUCCGACGUGCGGUGUGUGGCGCCGACGCUCGAUGCGCUCUCUGGUCGCGAGGCGUUGCUGUCUGGGUCGCGCGAUGAAACUGCCGUGCUGUGGUCGCGCGAGCAGUCACCCAACGCAGCCUUUAGCAAGGACGCAACGUUUCAAGGCCACCGAUUCUGCAGCGCGGUCGAGUUCAUCCCACCCAGCACCUCCGCUGGCCUUCCACGCGGUCAAGUGCUGACGGGCAGUCUGGACGCGCAAAUUCGCUGCUUCGACCCGCUACGCCCGGACAAACCGCUGCAGCUGCUCACCGACCACUGGGACAACGUCGCUGUUCUCAAAUCCACCACACACGAUGAGCCGGUGUUCAUCUCGGGGAGUUGGGACAAGACGGCGCGCGUAUGGAUGUGGGACGGUGCAAAGUGGGCGUGCAAGUGGGUGCUGCGCACCCACGAGCAGGCAGUGUGGGGCGUCGAGAUCAUCGAGCCACCCACAGCCACCCAACCAGGAAAAUACCUCACCGCAUCCGCCGAUCUGUUCAUAAGGCUCUUCCACGGAGACCAGCUGCACACCGUGUAUGCCGGCCACACCGACGUCGUACGCUCGCUUCUACUGCUACCCCCACUUCCACCCACCGACGAUGCUGGCAGUGCAGACCCCGUGCUCUUUCCGGACGAGAGCGUGUUUGCGUCUUCGUCCAACGACGGCACGGUGCGCAUCUGGUCGCUCGACGCGCGUCGCAGUCCCACCCCUGGCAAUGGUGGCGAAGCGGUACGCGUGCUUCGUGGACACACCAGCCUCGUGUACGGCCUGGCAAGGUACCAAGACGCGGCAGGAUUGCGACUGGUGAGCAGUGGUGAAGACGGCACGUUCCGCAUUUGGGAUCCCGUCAGCUCGCGGCUCCUGCACACCAUCCCCGUACCCGUUGUGUCCGUAUGGGCGGUCGCGGUGUUGCCCGCAUCGAAUGAUAUCGUGGUGGGUUGUAGCGACGGUCUAGUGCGCAUCUACUCUCGCCACGCCGCGCGCGCCGAGGAGGACAGCAAGAUGCUCGGUGCCCCACUAUCCAUCAGCGAAGCCGAAGCGGAAGCACGCAAAGCCGCCGAGAUCCAACGAACGCUGUCGCGCAACACCGAGACGCCCGACCAAAGCACGCAGGAUGGCAACCACGAUGUCCUUCUCCACAUUGACGUUGCCGACGACCAGCCGCCUCUCCCGCUCGCGGUGAAUCGUUCGCAAAACUGGCUUCAAGUCGCCUCGGACUUUGUCGCGCUUCAUGCACUGCCCUCGUCGUACAUUGAGCGCAUCGUCGAGUAUAUCCAGCUCGUCUUGCAGUAA